GUAUUUUAUUGAAAUAACACAUUACUGUUAUGAAUAUUUGAGACAUCGUUUCUAACGUCAAAUGUCAGGUACCUUUGAUGCCGUCAAUAUGUGACUAGUUUGAUGUUCGGUCCUGACUUCUAUAGUCUUUGUUUUUCAAUUGAAUGAAUCAAGUGUUUGUGUAAAUGAUUGUGAAACAAAGAAUUUCUACAAGACGAAAUAGAUGAGGCUCGAUAUAGUUAAUUUUUUUAACAUUACUCAUGAGUACGGAAGAGACUCUGUUGAAUCUCGACUUCGACAAACCAAGCACAGUUAUUACGCCGCCCGAUGACGGCGUGGUAUCUCUCUCCAGUAGUGCUGAAGACAUUUGCUUAGUCCCUGAGAUUGAAUUUGAAGGCACCGUGGAUUCUCCGGGUGUCAACCGUGAGUCGCAACCGCUUCUUGGCGGUCGCGGCGACAUAGAAGUAUCAUUCAACCAUUUUCCAGAUGACCCGCAAUUUAGCGAAUUAGUAUGGCAAGCCGAGGUAGCCAUCGACAAUGGAAUAUUCCCAGAGAGGAUAUAUCAAGGUUCCAGCGGGUCGUACUUUGUCAAAAAUCCUGGAGGGAAAAUAAUCGGCGUGUUCAAACCGAAAGAUGAAGAGCCUUAUGGAAGACUGAAUCCCAAAUGGACCAAAUGGAUGCACAAGUUAUGUUGUCCGUGCUGUUUUGGGAGGUCAUGCCUUAUUCCCAAUCAAGGGUACCUUUCAGAGGCCGGGGCAAGCCUUGUGGAUUCCAAGAUCGGUCUCAAGAUCGUGCCUAAGACUAGGAUGGUGAAAUUAGUAUCAGAAACCUUCAAUUAUCUGCGAAUCGACCGCGAAAGAUCGCGAUUGAAGCGCGCUAUCACAGAGCAGUUCCCUAAUCUACGGUUUAAUAGAAUGGGUCUUCCGCCAAAGGUGGGGUCAUUCCAGUUAUUCGUAGAAGGAUAUAAGGAUGCGGACUAUUGGCUGCGACGGUUUGAGCAGGACCCACCUCAAGAACAUGUUAUGAAGAAAUUUCAGUUACAAUUCGAGCGCCUAGUCGUACUGGAUUACAUUAUUCGUAACACGGAUCGCGGGAAUGACAAUUGGUUGAUCAAAUAUAUGGCGCCAUCUAACCGGAGUGAGCAGGAUAUGACGGAGCCUUCUGAAUGGAAUGGGGGCGGCAUAGACGUCCGUAUAGCGGCCAUAGACAAUGGACUAGCAUUUCCAUUCAAGCACCCGGACUCGUGGCGGGCCUAUCCUUAUCACUGGGCGUGGCUGCCGCAGGCUAAGAAGCCUUUUAGUACUGAGACCAAAGAGCUGGUGUUGCCAUUGCUGUCUGACAUGAACUUCGUUCAGGAACUUUGUGAUGAAUUACAUAUACUUUUCAAGCAAGACAAAGGUUUCGACAAGCGUCUCUUCGAACGGCAGAUGUCAGUAAUGCGAGGGCAAGUACUGAACUUGACUCAGGCGUUGAAAGACAACAAGAGUCCCGUACAACUCGUACAAAUGCCGGCUGUCAUUGUUGAGAGAUCUAAGAGUGGCACGACCCAAUCUCGUUUCUUCGACUCGUUCCAACAACGCUUCCAGCAGAAAUCACCAUUCUUCUCUUGGUGGUGAAAUAUGACACGUGAAUACAGACGAACGAUAAUAUAGGAUUUUGUAUGUAUGUAGUAUUUUAAUCUACUGAAGUUGAAACGAUCAUUCCAAUUAACUAUUUAUAGGAUUUCGCAAUAGUGUGACGGAAAACUAUUUUUUUAAUCAAUUAUGGCUUUGAACUUUUUAAUUUCUUUUCUUUGUAAUGGCGUCUUGUUAGGAACAUUUUGUAGUUGUGCAUUGCUUACAAGUUGAAUUGUCUCGAAUGGUUCUGAGAUAACUAAGAAUUUAUGUCGGUUAAAAAUAUGAAAAGAAAAAUUAUUCAACUUCAGUAUUAGUGAAACAUGAUGUAAUUGUUUUUAUAGUUUAGUUACUGUUAAACUAGCUGAUGUUAAUGACUUCUUUUAAAAAAAUCCAAAUCAGUUUUUUUUCUAAGCGUAUACCAUAGAAAUGACUAUAUUUUAUAUUAAUUUAAUAAUAUAAUUUAAUUUAUAAAAAAAUAUUCAAUAUAUUUUUUUAAUGAUAUGUCAUUUCAAUAUAGUUUAAAAGAACGUUUAAUAUUGGUCAUUGAUGAUUAAUUUAGCAUAUAAAAAUUAAGUCGCAAGCAUCAGCUAGUGUAAUUAUCCUUGUUAUUAAAAUCACCCAAACUUCAUAGUAUGUGUAUUUUCAGCGAUGGCAACCCAGUUACAUUAACUAAUUCGAUUUCCAUCAAAUGACACAUGACAAGCUUGUAUGAAAAUACUUUUAUAUAACAUUAAUAACCAAAUGUAAUUUAACUAAAGGAAACACCAAGAAUGAGUGAUGCUAACAUUAAGUUUACACAACAUCUUAGUUUAAACAAUUCAAUAAAAAUUCGAGUCUUUCAAAAUCGGGUCGUUACUCGUCUCUUUCUGACAAAUUUCACCUGACCUGUGAUGAAAAGAGACAGUUUUAAAUCUGUAGAUCCAUUUUUUGUAGUUUCAGUUGAUGAAAGUUCAAAUAAUCGCUUAUGUGGGACCAUAAGGACCUUAAUAAAGCAGAUAACAGUUUA